GUGCCGUACCCAUGUUGUCAUAUCUUGCAACGCCGUAGACAGUAAAUAAAACGUGAAAUUCUGCCCCUAAUUCAACUGUACUAAAUAAUCGUUGUCGUCGACGAAAUCCCUAUCACUACUAAUACUCAAAAUAACCUAAAUUAGAUUAUAGAGGGUACGCCAGCGCUUCUGCGAGCUAGUUAGCUAGCACCGUUGCCUCCUCACAUGUUUGCUGCAAUGCUAGCCUACUAAACCCACUUGGUUCACUGAAACAGGUAUUUGCUAACAAGCUAACGUUACCUGAAACAGCUGGAGUCAGUGUGUUUUAUAAUUGUUGACAUCGACUGACUGGUCGUUUACAACGGAUGAAAAAUGGAAUUGCAGGCGGUGUUGAUGGCCGCUGGUGGUGGGUCUCGCAUGAUGGAUCUCACCUACAACACACCGAAACCCCUGUUACCUGUUGGGAAUAAACCUCUUAUUUGGUACCCACUGAACUUACUAGAGAGAGUUGGAUUUGAAGAGGUCAUAGUCAUCACCACAAAGGAAGUGCAGAAGACGCUGAGCACGGACCCCAAGCUGAAGCUGGACGGGAAGCUGAAGCUGGAUGUGGUGUGCAUCCAAGAAGAGGCAGACAUGGGCACGGCCGACGCCCUCCGACACAUACAGCAGAAGAUUAAGACGGACAUCUUGGUGGUGAGUUGCGACCUGAUCACUGACGUGGCGCUACACGAGGUGGUCGACCUGUUCCGUGCCCACAGUGCCACCCUCGCCAUGCUGAUGAGCAAAAGCAACGAGUUCACGGAGACCGUCCCCGGCCAGAAGGGCAAGAAGAAAGCGGGCGAGCAGAGGGACUUUGUCGGAGUGGACGGCACGGGGAAGAGGCUCCUGUUCAUGGCCAACGAGGCAGACCUGGAGGACGGCCUGACCCUCAGGAAGUCCAUCAUGCGCAAACAUCCCAGGAUGCACAUCAAGACAGGCCUGUUGGAUGCCCACCUGUACUGCCUGAAGAGAUCUGUGGUCGACUUCUUAGUAGACAACAAGUCCAUCUCUUCCAUCCGUGGGGAGUUAGUGCCUUUCUUAGUGCGGAAGCAGUUCUCCAAGUCCAUUAACUCCCAGAGGCCUAAAGACGACAGCGAUCAGGACCAGAAGAAGAAGGAGCGGAAUGCAAACCUUGACAUCCUCAUGUCCUGUAAAGAUGACAGCCUGCUGCAGCUGGCGCGCGAGCGCUCCUGCUGGAACGACCACCGCGGGGACAUGAGCGAGGCCUACCACGGCGGCCAGCUGCGCUGCUACCUGCACCUGAUGGAGGAGGGCAUGUGCUACCGCGUCAACACGCUGGCCGCCUACAUCGAGGCCAACCGCAUGGCUCCCAAGCUGUUUGAUGAUCCUCCCGUCCACCCGUCCGCUGUGGUGUCAGAACGCAGUCAGGUUGGAGCUGACAGUAUAAUUGGAGCCUCCUGUCAGAUAGCCGACAAGACCUCCAUUAAACGCUCAACGAUUGGCGCAUCUACCACAGUCAAGGAGAAGGUUAAGAUAACCAACUCCAUCAUUAUGAAUGGUGUAACCAUCGAAGAAGGGUGUAACAUCCAGGGCAGCGUGAUCUGCAGCAACGCGGUGAUUGGGCGCGGCGCUGACAUUAAGUACUGUUUGGUGGGCAGCAGCCAGCGCAUAGAGCCAGAGGCCGAAAGAACCAAUGAGGUCAUUGUUGGGUCCGAUCAGCUCAUGGAGAUCUAGGAGACCUUGGGAAAGACGCUUUUUCACAGAGGACCCAAGAGAGGCCAAAGCGGAUGGGACGAUCUGGCCUCCUCCACCAUAGCUCUUUAUCAACACAUCCACACACAGUGUCCAAAUAAAUGCCAGCUAUUUA